AUGAGUGCGAACAACAAAAAACCUGAAACAAUCUCACUUUGUGAUAUGGUGGAUGACUUAGUACAUGACGAGUCAGAAAUAAAUGAAGAUCAAAAUAAUGUAGACUUGUCAUUGGAUGAUUCAAAUCAACCUUUUACAUGCAAUAGGCAUUCACAACCACAUCUUGAUAUGGUAUUUGAAAACUUAGAGGUUGCUCGUGCAUAUUAUAAUGCAUAUGCAAGGCGAAAGGGUUUUAGUAUACGAGUAAAUCAUACUCGAAAGAAUAAAGACAAAAUAAGGGUUGGAAUUGAAUAUGUUUGUUCGAAGGAAGGAUUUCGUCGUCAAUGUAAUGAAGACAAUGAAAGAACAGGUCUAGAGCGUGCAGAAACAAGAGUGGGAUGCAAAGUAAUGAUAGGUUUAAAGAAAGUUGAUGAUACAUGGAUUGUAUGUAAGUUUGUGGAGACUCAUAAUCAUGAGCUUCUUACCCCUAAGAGUACAAGUUUGCUUCGUGGGCAUAGAGUGAUAACAAGUGCCCAAAAGAAUCUUAUAGAUACACUCAAUGAGUCAGGUAUAGCCCCAGGCAAGAUAAUGUUUGUGUUAAGUAAAGAAUCUGGUGGUGAUUAUAAUGUUGGAUGUAUUCCAGUUGAUAUUCAAAAUUAUUUGGGUAGUAAAAAAAGAAAGUUGCUUCAAGAUGGAGAUGCUCAGGGAAUGUACAAAUAUUUUAUUGAGAGUCAAUGUAAAAAUCCAAGUUUUGUUUAUGCAAUUGAAGUUGAUGAAUAUGGGUGUAUGGGGGUUAACCACCAUCAUCAAUUUGUGAUGUUUGGAUGUUCUUUGCUUGUCAAUGAAACAACAAAAUCUUAUUCAUGGUUGUUGAAGACCUGGCUUAAUGCAAUGCCUGGAAAUCCUCCUUCUACAAUUAUAACAGACGAUGACAAGACUAUGGCUAAGGCAAUUGCAGAUGAAGAAUUUUACCAUUGCAUCCAUGAUACAAUCACUAUUGAAGAGUUUGAGUUAGAAUGGAGUAAGAUUAUGGAGAAAUAUGGAUUGGGGGAUAAUGAUUGGCAUAUCCUAGUUGUUUUUGUGAAGAAAUCUCUUGUGGACUUUCUUCCAUCACAUUAUAUUUUAGAAAGAUGGACAAUUAAUGCCAAGAAGCACAUUGUACAUGACAUAUCUAGUGAUGUGGUACAGGUGGAGCCUCAAGUUUCUUCUACCAUGAUGAGAUAUAGUUUGAUGCUUCAAUUUUUGGAAGUUGCAGAGGUAGGGUCACAAUCAGAGAAGCAAUACAAGCAUCUUGGACAAACUUUACGAAAAGUUCAUGAGGAGCUUCUAGCCAUGCAAGAUGUUCAUGAUGUUGAUGAUUUAGAAAGUCCUGAUAAUACUACAUUAAACAAUCAAGUAUUAUCAAAUCUUCCAAUUACUUUGCGAGACCCUCCACAUGUUCCAUCAAAGGGAAGGCCUAAAGCUUUGAGACAAAAACAUCCAAAAGAAAAACAAUUGAUGAAAAAGAGAAAAUGUAGCAUUUGCAAAGAAACGGGCCAUGGAUGUUGCAAAUACAAGCUUGAUACCACAUUGGGAGUCAGUGUAUCAACAACAAAGUCAAACUAA